AUGUGUGAGUAUAAGCUAGUCGCUCUUGGCUCAGGAGGAGCUGGAAAAUCUGCUCUGACUGUACAAUUUGUUCAAGGAAUUUUUGUUGAAAAAUAUGAUCCUACGAUAGAAGAUUCUUCUAGAAAGCAACAAUUUACAGCAGUGAGGGAUUUGUACGUGAAAAACGGACAAGGCUUUGCGUUAGCUUAUUCCAUCACAGCACAGUCCGUAUUUAAUGAUUUACAAGAUCUGAGAGAACAGAUUCUUCGAGUUAAAGACGCUGAUGAUGCUCCAAUGAUUCUGGUUGGUAAUAAGUGUGACUUGGAAGAUGAAAGAGUCGUAGGAAAGGAACAAGGUCAAAAUUUAGCAAGACAAUGGAACAACUGUGCAUUCUUAGAAUCCUCUGUAAAAUCAAAAAUAAAUGUUAAUGAGAUCUUUUAUGACCUAGUGUGGCAAAUUAACAGGAAAACUCCAGUGCCUGGGAAGGCCCGCAAAAAGUCGUCAUGUCAGCUGCUUUAA